AUGCCAAUGCAGCAAUGUACUAGAUAACAAUAUACGUUAACCUUGAAUAAGCUAACAUACAAUAAACACGUAUUAUGGACUUUGAUCGGAUAUGUUUAAUUUCCUAUCUCGGUGUUGCAGUCGUGUUUUAGUACGUUUACAGAACCUAAAACCUGCAGUUUUUGAACCUUACAAAAGGAAAAGAACGACAAUGGACAAAGGCGAACAACACUGGAUUUCUAGGGUAAACAAUCAAGUUAACUACGAGAGAACAUUCUACAGUCCAGAGAAGAUUGACGUUUCCGUACCAACACUGCCUUAUCAGGCCUUUGACUUGUAUUUGUCAGGUACAAGGAUAAAACCAUGGAAUCUUAUCGACUUGAUAGUAUCAGUGCGCCUGUUUACCCAGUACCCAGUGGAACACGCGGGAAACCCGUGCGAUUCUAUUGUUGACACGCACCUGCUGAUGAAAGAGAACAUUUUAUUCUUUGUUUCUCUAAAAAUUGAUAUAAACAGACACUUCCAUAACCCGGACAGUCCGAAAUUUCCACUGACUGUUACAGCAGAAGUUACGCAUGCCGGAAAUUCUUCCACAAGGCGUCGUUACACGGUGAAACACACGAGCAUGUCCUCGCCUUGUAUCACGUGCGAGACGGAUGACGUACUUGUGAAUAAAAGCAGCAGACGACCGACUGCGUUUCCCGAUUGGUGGGUGAAGAAAUAUUCCAACUUAAUUAAGCCUAAAAUGAAAUUUGAAAAACCUCUUAAGAAGUCCGAUGCUUUUACUAAUAAAAGCGAAAUGAAAGUAGAAUUUGAACACCUUGACCACAAUUUGCACACAACAACGAGAGCUUACUUAAAGUUUGCCAUAAAUGCCACAUUUAAAACUGCCGCUAGCGAAAGACAUGGUUAUAUUGGAAUAGAACAUCUACGCGCUGGAAUAAAAUGUAUACAAAUGUUCUUUCACGGCGAAUCAAACUAUGGGGACAUCUUGAUUGUUCAGACAUUUGAAAAUAAAUCCAACAAAAAUGAAGUGCUCAUUGAAAUCAGGAAGCACUCCGCUAGUCAGGAAAAAGAACUCGAAUGUUGUACUGUUGUUCUAGAAUUCUACGAGCCAACGAAACUAGACAUUCCGGGGAAACUGUGAAUCUAGAACGAUCGGUAAAAUACAUUUACAGUGCAAUAUAUAGAAACGUUAUUAUGAUUAUGUACUUCUAAAUAGUUCGUGCAAAAUUGGUAAAGUAUAAUCAGAAGUCCCAGAUAGUCACGUUCAAACUGACCAUGCUUCAUGAAAUACAAGCUUUGUAUAGAGUUGUUCCAACUGUAUUCUAGACUGCCUUUGUAACCUAUUAUGUAUAGUGUUAGAUCUACAUCAAAAUAAAUUUUGGCACUUUUUAAAAGUUGAAAAUUGUUACAUGCAUUUUUUGUCAUUCAACCUUCUAGACCAUUUGAUCCAUGUAUUGAAGUACUGCGCAGGAAUAUUUUCCAGACUCCAGUAACCAUGGUAACAACAAACGUAUCUGUACGUUAAAUUCUUGGAGACACCAUAAAACACUAGUGUGUGAUGCAAAUAGUCCUGGAUGUUAUAAAAACGUUUGAUAAACCCAUUUAAGACGAACAAGAGAAUAUUAUUGUUGUACAUACUGCUUUAUUGGUUCAAUAUCUGUAUACUUCCUCUCACCAGUAACAAUCACAUUUAAUCAUACACAACAUGAGUCAUAACAUAACUGAAACAAACAGUAAACAUGCCUUUAACCAAUACAUGAAA